CUUCCGGCUCGCUGAGUUCUGAGGGAAACCCAGAAGCGGUUGGCAGCGGAGCUGUCGGCGGCCGGCUCAGCCCAUGGCCCCAGGCAGGGAAGGCCGCGCCAGGCCCCGGCACGAGAGGAGGAGGAGGCCGGCGACGAGGCGGCCCGAGGACCGGUGAAGCCGCCGCCGCCCGCUCUCCAUCGGCUGUCAUCGGCCAUGGGCUCCCUCUUUCGCAGCGAGUCGAUGUGUCUGGCCCAGCUCUUCCUCCAGGCGGGCUCGGCCUACGAGUGCCUCAGCGCCCUGGGCGAGCGCGGCUUGGCCCACUUCAGAGACCUCAAUCCAAGCACCAGUGUGUUUCAGAGGAAGUAUGUGGGUGAGGUGAAGAAGUGUGAAGAAAUGGAAAGGAUAUUAGGAUACCUGGUGCAAGAAAUUAAGAAGGCAGACAUUCCUCUUCCAGAAAGAGACGCUACCCCUGCUGCCCCUCUGCUUAAGCAGAUGUUGGAGAUCCAGGAGCAACUGCAGAAGCUGGAGGCAGAGUUGAGAGAAGUGACAAAAAACAAAGAGAAGCUGCGGAAGAAUCUGUUUGAGCUGACGGAAUACACCCACAUGCUCCGUGUGACGCGGUCUUUUGUCAGAAGAACUGUCGAGUUUGAGUCCUGUGUACAGACCAGUUAUGAAGAGUUCCCAUCUUUAGAAAAUGAUCCUUUGGUGGACUACAACUGCAUGCACCGGCUUGGUGCUAAAUUGGGAUUUAUAUCAGGCUUAAUUCACCGAACAAAAAUCGAAGCCUUUGAAAAAAUGCUGUGGAGAGUCUGCAAAGGAUACACGAUUCUUUCUUACUCUGAACUGGAAGAGUCUCUUGAAGAUCCAGAUACGGGAGAACCGACCAAGUGGUUUUGUUUCUUAAUCUCUUACUGGGGUGAACAGAUAGGCCAAAAAGUUAAGAAGAUAUGCGACUGCUACCAUUGUCAUAUCUACCCUUAUCCUAAUACACCUGAGGAUCGCCGAACAGUUAUGGAAGGACUCCAAGUUCGUAUUCAGGAUCUUCACAUUGUGCUGCAUAAAACUGAAGAUUACUUACGGCAAGUUUUAUAUAAAGCGUCUGAAUCUAUCUACACCUGGGAUGUGCAGGUGAAGAAGAUGAAAGCCAUUUAUCACGUGCUUAACCUCUGCAGCUUUGAUGUCACCAACAAAUGCCUCAUUGCUGAGGUUUGGUGCCCAGUUGCUGAUCUGCCAAAUAUGCGCCGAGCCCUUGAAGAAGGAUCUAGAGAAAGCGGAGCGUCGGUUCCAUCAUUUGUCAAUACGAUCCCAACAACGGAGACUCCUCCAACUUUGAUACGCACCAAUAAAUUUACUUUGGGAUUCCAAAACAUUGUUGAUGCUUAUGGAAUUGGGAACUACAGGGAAGUUAAUCCAGCUCUGUUCACCAUAAUCACCUUCCCCUUUAUAUUUGCCAUUAUGUUUGGAGACUGUGGGCAUGGCUUCCUAAUGUUCCUAUUUGCUCUGUUAAUGGUGGUGUUCGAAAAACACCCACGACUGUUGCGAUCACAGGAUGAGAUCAUGAAAAUGUUCUUUGACGGAAGGUACAUUAUCUUACUGAUGGGCCUGUUUUCAGUAUACACUGGCUUGAUCUACAAUGACUGUUUUUCAAAGUCUUUGAAUAUAUUUGGCUCCCACUGGAAUGUUUCACAAAUGUUUGAACAGAAUGUGUGGAAAGCUGAGGAUUUGAAGAAUCAGCAUUUGAUGCUGAACUCAACUGUGGCUGGGGUGUUCAGGGGAGCAUACCCUUUUGGAAUAGACCCAAUUUGGAGUCUGGCAAGCAAUCGCCUCAGUUUCUUAAAUUCCUUCAAAAUGAAAAUGUCUAUAAUUCUUGGAGUGGUCCACAUGACUUUUGGAGUUGUCUUGGGGGGAUUUAACCAUUUGUUUUUCAAGCAGAAAUACAAUAUUUACUUGGUUUUUAUACCUCAACUUCUGUUCUUGCUGUCCAUCUUUGGAUACCUUGUAUUUCUGAUCAUCUUUAAAUGGCUGGCCUGUACUGCCAGCGACCCAGAGCCUGCUCCCAGCAUUCUGAUUCACUUCAUUAACAUGUUCUUGUUUCCUACUUCGGAAGAAAAGCACCUCUUUUUCCAAGGACAGAUGAUCAUACAGAGACUUUUAUUCGCUGUUGCUGUGCUUUCAGUUCCUGUGCUGCUUUUUGGAAAACCACUUUAUUUAUACUGGCUGAACAAUGGACAAAGAGGCUUUGGGCCAUACAGAAGAGGCUACCGAUUAGUUCGAAAAGAAAGUGAAGAAGAGCUUGCUCUGUUGAGGACUCACGAUAUAGAAGAGGGAACCAGCUCUACGGACAACAAACUCAAGGAUGUGGAGAAGAAAGAGUUUAUCUUUAUAGAUGUGUUCAUGGAUCAAGCUAUUCAUACUAUUGAGUACUGUCUAGGAUGCAUCUCCAACACUGCUUCGUACCUGAGGCUGUGGGCUCUCAGUUUGGCCCAUGCCCAGUUAUCCGAAGUGCUGUGGGCCAUGCUGAUGCGCAUGGGACUUCGUGUGGACGCCUCUUACGGGAUCCUGCUUCUGAUUCCAGUGUCAGCCUUAUUUAUGAUUUUAACAAUAUUCAUCCUUUUAGUCAUGGAGGGUCUUUCAGCUUUUCUACACGCUAUUCGACUUCAUUGGGUAGAGUUUCAGAACAAGUUCUAUAAAGGCGAAGGUUACAAGUUCACACCUUUCUCUUUUCAAGGCAUUUCUUUACAUUUUAAUAAAGAAAUUACAUAGUUUGCCUGAUGAAGGCAUUAAGUCUCUGAAGUUGUUGUCUGUAAAAACGAUCAUGUCCCUCAAUGUCAUUCUUGUACUGCUCACAAUAGGAAAGAGCAUUUUUCUCAUGGAUUGCCUUACAAUGCAACCAAAUACCUUUUGUAAUAUGAAAAUACCUCUUUCACUUGAGAUUUUCAAGUUGGGAUCUUUUGUUAGCAGACACAAAAUUUUAACUUCUCCCCCCCCCUCCUAUGAACAUGCACAAAUUAAAUUUAAAACCUAACAAUCUAAUUGCUGCUGUUAAAAGUACUCUAGGUAUUUUAAAGAGUGGCCUGUUUUCCUUAACAAACCCUUACUCUCCCUUGUCAUUACCACUAACAUUAUGGCACCUUUGUGAACAAAUGUAGCUAAGCAAAUCUGGAAACAAUUCAGAAUGAAGUAGCAUAUGUUUUCAGUAUUUUUCUAAGGAAUUGCUAACUUUCUGUAAUAACAUCUUAAACAUGGGUAACAUUUUUCUGUUCAGUUUUCCCUCUGGUUUGGACAAGAGUUCUGUUCGUUUUUGACACUGUACAUCCUGGAUCUUGAACAGGAAGAUAGGAACGCUGCCCUGUGUUUUACAUUCCUUGAAGAACUUGAAAUUUUGCCCCUGCUUCUUUUUAGGAGAUGUCUGUUAGCCAGCAUGUAGCAAAAUAUGUUUUAGGACCACUGCCUGGAUUCUCUUAAAAGGUGUUAAAUAUUUUAGUCAAGGUCCUGGUAGUAAUUUCAGACACCUGCAUAUGCUUAAGUAUUUCCUCCCCAGUAUUGCAGCUUGGAUAUUUGGCACCUUGUUUGCUCAAUCCAAAAGGCAGACUAGAGUUAGAAUAGGCUUUGUUAGACACCAGUUACUACUCCUUUUGCACACAUUCCACUGAUGGAAGUUAAUAUUUGCAAAAUCAGGUCGAGUUUUUAAUUUGACACAGCAGCCAGUUUUGUUGUGUAUGAAACUUGUCUAUGCUCAGUGAAGAUAAAUACCUUUCAAGGGAUUUUUUUUAAAGUAUCGACUAAAAUAGAGGUAUUUUGCCAUACAGAAUUUUAUGUAAGUGCCAACAGAAUAACUUUAAUCUUGUUUCUUUUGUACUCAUCUUAAAUAAAAGCUAAUUCCUUACUUGA